AUGUCAACAUUAUGGCAGCGAAAAAAGAAUUAGAAGAAGGGGCAGUGGACGCUGCCUUCCACCACUUGUCUCUGUCUCAUUCAACACUCCUUCAUCACCGCAUGGCUAUGCGGCUCCAUAAGCCUAAUCACGGUAAUAAAGGAGAUGAGGAUUGUGGUGAGGUUAUGUCUCCUGACUCCCUGACAGAUGAGAAAAUUACACUUGCUGCCACUAACGUGGAUGAAACCAUGAGUCUUCUGCAAAAACUUCCUUCAGAGUGGACAGUAGUCCAAAUAACAACACAGAGUGUUGGAGAGUGUAACUUCCAGAAGAUUGGCGCUCACCCUUCCACCCCUGGACUGUACAUAUCCCGCUGCACAUGUGGUCUGCAACCAGUUGUAACUGUGCAGGCAGUGGCAGCUCCCAAAGAUAAAGGAGUGCGGGGAAUCCGGCAGGAGGUGGAACUUAUAAAGGAGGAGAACAAAAUUAUUAACAAGGACUACCGAGACCAGCAGCAGAAAUAUUUCACCAAGAGAGAAGAGCUUAAUAAUAGACUUAAGUGUGUUGUUAGGAGUAUGGAGGUGGCCUGGUUGCGACACUGGUGCUGUUUGUUAGUUGGCUCUCUUGAUGCUCGUGAUCAGUGCCUCCUGGAGGAAACUACUGCUCGUAUACUAGCUGACUGCAAGGUACCCCUCACAGACACUCAGAAGCAACUGCUGCAGUGUAUUAUUAGCUGUCCAUUACCAUCGGAAAAAAAGAGCAGAUUGGAACUAGACAUCGCCAUUAAUGUACGUGCAAGUGUAGCAUCCUUACUUAGUGCAUCGGUGAAAAGUCAGUGUGUCAAACACCUCUAUGCUGCUAUCCAGAAAGAGGAAGCAACGUUGGAGCGAUUGCAACGAGCUCAGAGAAAUCCAGUAAUACUUGUUCUGGACAAGAGCAUUGUCUCACUACCAUGGGAGAUGAUGUGGAUCUUAAGAGAUCAGCCAGUCACUAGGAUGCCAAGUCUUCGUAUGCUAUUGCUGUUAUAUCAGCAUCACUCUUGCCGAAGUUCAAGUGUCCUAGCUCAAGGCGUUGAUUCAAGUAAGGGCUUUUAUCUGUUGGAUCCAGAUAACAACUUGCCAAGAACACAAGAACGUUUAAAGUCUGUGUUUGACGAGACUGGCUGGCCAGGUAUUACCUCUCGCAGACCUACUCAUGAGGAAUUCAGAGAUGCUAUCACUAACCAAGAUUUAUUUGUGUAUUCUGGUCAUGGCUCAGGUAGUCAGUACCUGCCAGGUGAACUGGUUGAAGGAGUUGAUUGCAGGGCAUUGGUUCUGCUCUAUGGUUGUGCUUCCGUACGCCUAGCACCCCGAGGACGAAUUCCAGACCCAUGGGGGGUUGUUCUUAACUACUUAAUAGCAUACUGCCCAUGCGUGGUAGGAAUGUUGUGGGAUGUAACAGACAAGGAUACAGAUUUCCUCACUCGUGGAAUGGUACGAGCAUUAAGAGGUGAAGAAAGUGAACCAGGGUCUCCUUUGGCUGUGCCUCCCUCGGAUGUAGCUCUUCUGGUUGCUCGUUCACGCUCGCUCUGCCGCUGGUAUCUCACUGCUGCGGCACUCACAGUUUAUGGUCUGCCUCUGCAUGUCAUAAACAAAUCUUGUGAAUGACAUGCUAGUAUGGUGUAUUAUUUUCCAUAUGAUGUCCUGGCUCUAUAUUAUUUUUAUAGCAUGCUCAGUUAGUGACAUCUAGUUAUUCUUUGACAGCAGGUAACAUGUACAUAUGUAAUUUUCUGUGCUGUGCUAAUGUAUUUUCAGGUUGAUAAUUUAUUUUGUUUCUUUACCCGAGUGAUCAGCCAACCUUACUGCAAUAGGUAUGCCCAGUGCUCAUGUUAAUUCCCAGUGAUUUGAAAAUUAAAUCUUACAAGAUUGGAUGUCUAUUUUUUUAAUUUUUUUUUUUUUUUUGUGUGUGUGUUUUAUAAAUCUGAUGUAGAUGUCAAAUCUACUGACUUAUUACCAUCAGUAAUAUGUCAGUAGGUUUGUUUUAUUAACCAGUCAGAAUAAAGAUGCUGACAAGCAAAAGGGAGAAUUGUAUAGUCAUAUGCAAAAGAUCUUGUACUGACAAAAUCUAGGCUGCUGGAAUGACACUGUAACCUGGUUAGGUGUCAAUACAACAUGAACUCAACUUUUCUUUGUACCUGCUGUUACUUCUAGAUUGUUACUUAAGCAUUUGUAAUAUAAUUUACUGUAAACAUUUCAAAGCCACUUUUUUUUUUUUUUUUGCAAAUGUAAAGUUUUCCUCCAUGAAUGUUAAGAUGAUGAAUGGGUUUAAAUGGAUAUUGAAUAAAAUGUUAGACUUGUAAUUUUUAUUGAAAUAUAAAAUACAUUAUAAUAAACAGAAAAAAUUGUAUGUGUAUUUUCAUGCCAUAAUAAAAUUAGACUUACCAGCACAUUACUGGUUAAGAGAAUAUCUGGGGCUUAUCGAAAAAUCUUUACUGUUGAGUCCUAUAUAAUGUACAGUAUGUUUACUGUGCCACUCCCCCUUAAUAACAAUACCUGCUGAAUCAUAUAGUAACAGGCAGGUAUUGUAUUGGUUAUAUAUUACUGAAAUCUAAUUUUGAAUCAAGCUUUAAUUGAAGUUUACAUUAAAUUCUCUUUUACAUCAACAAUCAUCUCCUGCCAUAUUUUACUGAACAUUAUCACAUUUUAUCAGAGAACCUCUGUCAGUGUUUGGUGACAAACAGACAAGUUAUUACAUUUCACUAUGUUUGAAUACUGGAAACUAAUAUGGCAGAAGUGGAUAAUUUUCAACAUUGUAGGCAGUGUGUUGUUUCUGAAUGUUAAAGCCUUUUAAAUAAGAAUGGGUGCACUACUUCAACUUUAGCAAUAGUCAGGUAUAUAACAUAACAGUCAAGAAUAAAGCUUUUCAUAAAUAACCCACACAUUGUGGGUGAAAUUUGACAGUGUUUCAGCCCAUCCUCAGCUAUUAUCAAGCAGAAACUUUAUAAUGAUCCACAAUUAACAGCAGUGUGGUCUUGUUUCAUCUCCAAUAUAUGGCUUGUAUGUGAAGUGUUCCAACUAUGACAUUGUGACUCAUUCUUAUAAAACUGUGUUAAGUGCUGUAUAUAUCAGGAGUCUAUUUAGGGUUAAAAAUCUGGAUGUUCAUUCUUUUAUCUGAGCAACACUGAAGCAAACUUGGAUAGCAAAAAUUUGAUUGUGGCAAGAAUGGAAUAUUUCAUUCCCAUUUGUUGUAUGCUGUAUUUUAUCAGGGCACCUUAGACACAGAACAGUUUUUAUAGGCUAUUGGACAAGGUAAUUGUGAAAAAAAUACCUGGUACUCUAGCUUCGUCAAGUUAAUUAAAAUUAUCGUGCACAAAAAUCACAUCCCUUCAAU